CGCUUUUCCAGUACAAGUAGAGUUAGAAAAAAUAUUUUAGUUUUAGUUUUGUUUAAGAAUAUAACCGACAAGGUUGUGUAACCUUUGUUAUAGCGGGAGGGAAGAACGAAUGAAACGAACAUCCAAAUCCCUGUGUUGUUGCUACACUGCUUAUGAGAAACAUGUAGUGGCAUGCAAUGGAUACCUAUAAGAGAGCAGAUAGCUUGAGGGAAUCUGAUGUGCAGAAGUACCGUGUCCUGACCGGUUUUUGUUAACUCCUUUUAAAUCUCCUCCUCUUUCCACUCACGGUGAAGAGCAAGCAGUGUGAGUGGUUUAGCAUAGCCGCUGUCCUCAGGAGUGCCGAGGUAUAACUAAUAUUUAGAUACUGAGUAUAAAUACAGUAAGUGUUUAGAUAUAUAGAUAAGAGUAGGCUCCUAUCAUCCUCCAGUAUUUUUCCUAUGUCUCGGGUCUGGAUGUACCUCUUUCCUGCACUGGGUGCGCUUGUCUUGCCAGGUGUACAUCAUGUGGAGGGAAUGGAGUUGCUUACGUCCUCGGAGUUGGAGGCAGUCAAUGGGACAGAUGUACGGCUCAAAUGUAUAUUUAAAUCGACACAUCCUCUCUCCGAAGAAAAAGUCUCUGUAUCCUGGAGCUUCCGACCACUUGGAAAGAUGACAGGAGAAUUGAUUUUUCACUACCAGAAAAGUGCAUUUCCACCGGAAAUAGGCAUGUUUAAGGGCCAUGCUGUAUGGUCUGGUGAUAUAAUGAAGGGUGAUGCAUCCAUCACGCUGCAGAAUGUGCAGUUCAGAUUUAAUGGUACCUACAGCUGCCAAGUCAAAAAUCCACCCGACAUCCAGGGCUUUAUAGGUGAGAUCAGCCUCAGAGUUGUUGAAAAAGUUUCAUUCUCUGAAAUUGGAAUUCUGGCAAUAGCUGUGGGUGGAUCCAUUGGCGUUGUUCUCCUGAUCCUCAUCAUUUUUACUGUUGUGCGGGUUUUCCGGAGACAGGAUGAUGAUAUGUUAGUUGAGAUGGAGGACCACAGAUCAGAGGAUCAGGUGCUUUGAGUGAGUCUGUGCUGUUAGUUGCUGUCUGGGCUAACCAAUCUGUACCUACUAGUGAUAACAUAUUUCAACACAGGAGUUUCUAAUUAUAUGAAAUAACAAUAUCUAGAUGGCAAAUUGAUCGUAGAAGCUUACGUUCUUCUACUCUUAUUUUUACAGAUAUAUGUUUUUAGUUAUCAUAACCUUUUUUAAUUUUUGAUUUAUGUAUGAAUACUUAACGUGAGGUCAAAUCUCAUAUUUUGAUAUCUAUCUUUUGUAUUCCUAAAAAGAUGAGAUAUGAAUUGUUUAUGUGUUUAAACUCUGACUUCAUUAACUGUUGCUGCCAAUUAUUAUGAUUGAGAAUUUUUGUCAUUCUUCAUUGUGUUUGUCUGUUGCACUACUUUACCACAGUUUCUGUCACAUACAGUAAAUCUGUGCAGCAAAAAAAUGUAAUAAAUAAUAAUUAUAAUAAAAAAAAAUAAAAAAAAAAUCAAUUUAAGGAAGCAAUAUAAAUUCUAAAACCAGUAACAAAUUUUGUCAGUAAAGAUAGAAUGGAUGGAUCAAAGAGAAACUUCAUGAAAAAAUGAAAAAUUAAACAAAUGUAGUACCUGGACCUUAAUAGUUUUUUGUACUGCCCAUCUAAAAUCUUCAGUGUUCUGGGAUUCUCUGUUCAUCAAUGCUGCAUGGAUUUUGCUAUUAAAAAAUAUAUAUUUUUAAAUGAGUAAAUUGAUUUUUUAAUCCUAGUUUCAAACAAACAUACUGUGCAUGUCUGUUCAAAUAUAUCAAAUAUAUAUAUUUUUUUAUAAAUUAGUUUUAUUAGAUUUUUCAAAUGUUUAGAGUUUUUUUUUUCUUGUACUUUACACAUUUUUAAAUUAAAUAAAAAAUACAUUUUGUUGUUGUGAA